AUGUCGGGAGAAGGAGAACCUAGUAACAAUGCAUUAGCCCAAAUCCUACAAGAUAUACAAGCACGUUUGGCUCGAUUAGAGGAAUUGCCAAGGAGGCCAGAACCUAUUCGGGUCAACUUUCCAAGGCGUGAGGAACCUGUACGGGACCGAGAACGCACACCCCCUGAUCCUCCUCCAAGGAGAAGAGAGUACAGAAAUCAAUUUCCGAAUGAUGAAGAUGAUGAGGAUGAUGAAUUCUAUCAAGGACAACCUCAUCGUGUAAGGCAACAAGGUAAGGAUCUUAAACUACAAUUACCCACCUUUGCUGGACGUGUUAACCCAGAUGCCUAUCUCGAUCGGGAGAGGCGGAUGGAUAAUAUAUUUGAGUGUUAUGAGUAUUCGGAAUACAAGAAAGUGCAAUAUGCCGCUGCACAACUUACCGACAAUGUAUUAGCAUGGUGGGAUAGAGAGGUAGCGGAAAGAAGACGUGCUAGAUAUGAUCCGAUCAGGACAUGGCGAGGAAUGAAACUUAUGAUGCGUAAAAGGUAUGUUCCCCCUCAUUUCCAUCGUGAUAUGCAAAGGAAAUAUCGUAACUUAGUGCAGGGAAUGAGAAUGGUUGAGGAAUACUUUGAGGAGUUUGAGCAUCUCCGAAACCGUCUAGAACUAGAUGAAAGUGAAGAGGCGAUGAUGGCUCAAUUCAUUGAUGGACUGCAAGAUCGGAUUGGGCGUAAGGUAGAGAGGUUAGUAUAUCAUGACUUGCAGGAAUUACUUCACUUAGCAAUCCAAGUGGAGCAACAAAUAAACCAUAAGCAAGCUCGGACAAGCCAAACAAGAACGUCGAUGCCGAACCAUGCUUUCCCUAGGUCCGAGAGCAAGGGAACCACCACCACUACCACUAAGACGAGUCAAGACAACCCUAUAGUCCGGAACAAAGGAAAAUAUAUAGCCACGUCCAAGGGAGACACCUUAAUAGGUAACAAGGCUAACCCCUUGAGUCAUGAGAUUCUUUGUUAUAAGUGUAGGGGUCGAGGACACUAUGCUCGGGACUGUCCAAACAAACGAGUCAUGAUCAUUACGGAGAGUGGAGGCUAUGAGUCAAUGGAUGAAGAAGAGGCAGAAGAUCUCGAAGAACAGAUCGAGUAUCCGGAUAGUGGAGAACUUCUAGUCACUAGACGCACUCUUAGCACACUCGUAAGCAUGGAAGAAACCACACAAAGGGAGAACCUUUUUCACACCCGUUGUACCAUCAAGAACAAGGUAUGUGGUCUCAUCAUCGAUGGUGGUUCUUGUACUAAUGUUGCGAGUGCCUACUUAGUUGAAAAGCUAAGUCUUCAAACGGAGAAGCAUCCUCAACCCUACAAGCUUCAAUGGCUAAACAACCAAGGUGAGAUUGAUGUCAAAGAACGAAUCAAGAUACAAUUCAGCAUUGGAAGGUAUCAAGAUGAAGUGAUGUGUGACGUGAUACCUAUGCAAGCCGGACAUAUCCUUCUAGGACGCCCGUGA